AUGCGCCGGUCUGCGGAGUUUGUUAUCCAACACAUGAUGACGUUGAAACGGUUUGCAAACGCUCGGGUCCUGUUCGUGGGACGUUUCGCAGAGCAACAUCACCUUGAUCUUACGGAAACAGACUACCCCUUCCGGAAUAUCGGCAUAUGCCUCGAGCUGGACGACCAAGACCAACUACAGAACCCACCGGAAAAUCUCGGCGAGGAUCUGUGCACCUCGUUUCCCGACCGUUUCUUCGAGGUGGACACGCCUGAUAUUGUCGCGGACAUAACGCCCAAUUCGCGUAUAACCCUGAUGCCCCCUAGCAGGCUACCCUUCACGCCUCCCUUGGUGCCCCUGGCCGAAGUCGCCAACAACCUGGACUCCGGAAUAACGAGCAAGAUUGACACGCUAUGUCUCGCUAUCCACGCGGUGUCAAAUGAGCACGAUUUGUACGAAAAGGCUGUUAGGAGCCACGCAAUCCGUCUUGCAGAGUCCCUGAUCACAGCGCAUUCUCCUAAGCUGGAGUUGGCAGACCGCCAACGUCGAGUCGUCUUGGAUGCCCUUCCGGGGUUCGUGGGAUACUCUGACCAUGACCUGUCAUGGUGGAGAGAUCACAUUAUAUGGAGAGGACUGAUGCCCGAUCGUCCACGUGCGAGCCUCAGCCCUCGUUCACUUUCUGUUUUCUUCUUACGUUUUGUUCUUCCACUUUUUAUUGUCCCUUUAAUUGGGCUUCCGCUUUUUGCUCACGGAUGCUGUAUCAAGUUCCAUCCAUCCUAG